GGGCUCAAUAACAGGAAGAGCCAAUAUUUUUGAGAAGAAAUCGCAAGCCACAGUUCCUGGCCUAUACAAGAAUGACUUAUAACUGCUUAAACUCGCAAAUUCUCAUCGGCUUAAUAAUUCUCCUGUAUUUCUGUGGAGUUGCAUUAUCAGACAAAGAAUUCCUUUUAAGCAGGCCAGAAAAUGGCUGGUUUACAGUCAGUAAGAAAAUAGGCUCUCAAUCCACAGGAGGUUGGUUUGCUUACGAGAAAAACCUAUACUCCGUAUGUGACAGCUCCACGAAUGUCGGAGAGCCAAAAAACUGGUUACGAACUGACUUCAUUAAUCUUAAAGAUGCUAUAUUGGUUGACAUUGUCCUUAAUUAUACAAUGCGCAAAUGCCGAUCGGGCCAAAAGUACUGCAAAGAGUAUUUUAAACUAUACGGUUAUCAAACAUCCAAUACUGCACCAAAACCAAACCCUUUGGAAACACCAUUUGACUUCCUUGAUCAAGCCAUGCCAACAAAUGUACCUGAUCGACAAACAGGAGCUAAGGAUUUUAAUCUGUUAAGSGUUUCUUUAAGGACAAAAAGUAAAGGAUUAUACCUUGCGCUUWWCGAUGAAGGAGCCUGCUUGAGUCUGCUAGGUGUUCUUGUUUCAUUCAAUUACUGCCCAGAAAAAGGAAAAAACCUCGUGACUUUUGUGAAAACCGUAUCGCCAUUAAACGAUUCAAAUGUUAAGCAAGUGGAAGGAAAUUGUACAGAUAAACAUUCAAGRAACACUUCUGUYCUGAUGGCUACUUGUAUGAGCGAYGGGAAUUGGAAGAUGAAURAUAGUGUGGUGUGUUUGUGUCAGCCAGGAUACGAAUAUUCUGAAAAUCCAGAACCUCAUUGCAAAGGCUGUGUUUCUGGGAAAUAUAAAAGUGAAUURAGCAACACAGAGUGCAAGUUCUGUCCACAGAAUGCCGCACCUGAUACGAAUCGAAUGAGUUGUGUUUGUCAAGAUGGGUUUUACAAGUUGAAAGACUCUCCAAUUUCUGUCCCAUGUGAAGCUUUGCCAAAUGGUCCAGCAUUUGCCAAUGCUACGACAUUGAAUUCGACUGCAGUUCUGAUAUCCUGGCCUGCCAUUAAGGACAUUAACAUGUCGUUCACCUACUCCAUUGACUGUUUCAAGUGUAAGGAUGAGGAGGAUAAAAAAUGUGCCGAGCAAUGUGGAGAUAAUGUUGUGUAUUAUCCUGCGAGAGAUAGUUUCAAGACUACGUCGGCAACUGUAUCUGGGCUUCCAUCAGGAGAAAAGUUUUUUUUCAAGGUGUAUGUAGUGAUGAAGAUCAAUUCUGCCRUCAGCAGAAGUCUGUGGAAGUAUGCAGGAGUUUAUGCAAAAUCCAAAAAAGGUCCAAAAGAGCCAUCACUUACUGAAGCAAAUCAAGCAGAGGAGAUCAAGCAGUUAGUGUUAACGGUUGUACUUCCCGUGAUAGCAUUUGUUGUGCUGAUCUUCAUAGUGUGUUGUGUCUUCAUGUAUAGAAGAUCGAGAAAAUUCAGCCGAAUUCCAAACAAUGACUUCGCUGAAAGCCAUGAACUACCAACGUGUGGACAGAAACUAUACAUUGACCCAACCAACUAUGAUAACCCAGAAGAAGCUUUACGCAACUUCGCUAAAGAACUUGACAAGUGUUCCAUCUCUCUAGAAAAAGUCAUUGGUGGAGGUGAGUUUGGUGAUGUAUACAAAGGAAUUCUAAAACGUCAAGGGGAAGAACCAAUACCUGUUGCUGUGAAAACACUCAAGCAUGGCUCAUCCAAGAAAAACCGAGAUGAUUUUCUCCUCGAAGCGUCUGUCAUGGGACAGUUUUGUGACCCUAAUGUUAUUUUCCUAGAAGGCGUAGUCACUAAAUCUCAACCAUUAAUGAUCGUCACAGAAUUCAUGAGUAAUGGCUCACUUGAUAACUUUCUCAAGGAAAUGGACUCCAAGCUAAGUGAGCUUCAGCUGCUCGGCAUGGCAAGGGGCGUUGCUUCUGGCAUGAAAUUUUUAUCAGAAAUGAACUUUGUUCAUAGAGACUUGGCAGCUCGUAACAUUCUUGUCAGUGAGUCAYUAGUUUGUAAAGUGGCUGACUUUGGUUUGUCUAGAGAACUUGAAGACUCUGCAUAUGAAACUAAGGGUGGUAAGAUUCCUGUGCGAUGGACAGCRCCAGAAGCCAUCAAAUUUAGAAAGUUUAGUACCUCUAGUGAUAUUUGGAGCUAUGGAAUCUUGUUAUGGGAGAUCAUGUCCUUUGCUGAGAGACCUUAUUGGGACUGGAGCAACUUUGAGGUGAUGGACAGAGUUGAAGGUGGUUUUAGACUUCCUCCGCCUAUGCAUUGUCCUACAGCAGUGCACCAGAUMAUGUUAGAGUGUUGGAAUGAAGACCGAGCAAAACGCCCAAAAUUUGCCCAGAUCGUAAAACAUCUGGAUAUUCUGAUUCGAUCGCCAGAAAAGAUGCAGGAAAAUCUUCCAAUCGWAGCAAGCAAGCCCAACAUCGACUACACGCCCGUAACGACGAUCGAUGAAUGGCUGAAAAGCAUCAAGAUGGGCCAGUACACUGAUCAGUUCGUCAAGGCAGGAUACAGCAACCUUAAAAACCUAGCAGAGUUCGAAGAACCAGACCUUGAAGAUUUGGGAAUCAAACUCAUUGGCCACAAAAACAAAAUCCGAAAGAGCAUUCGUGAAGUAAAGAACAAGUUGAAGCGAGAAUCCUCUGUGCCAGUCUAGUGGUUGCUGUGCUAAUAAGGUAACGAUAGAAGUAUACAAGUAUGCAAGGUAGCAGUAGAGGAUAAAUAAACCAAGCGAUAGAAGCUAUAUGCUUGAGGUGUACUUCCGGUUGGAACCGGAAAUAUUUCCGAACCAAUCCUUGUAGUACAGGAGUCUCUUCACGUGUACUGACCAGCCAAUCAGAGCAAAGCUGCGCAUAAGGCUAGCCAAUAACCGCAAAGACAGAAACUGACCUGGUUUAAAACCAACCAAUCAAAGACAAACAAAAGAAAGACAAGCAUGACGAUACAACUACAAUUGAAACCAGCCAAUCACAAUAAGUUAAAAAGACCUAACGUCAGCCAAUCACGAUAAACAACGUGUUGAUGUAACUGUGAGAAAUUCAGCCAAUCACAACUUAGAAUAUCACUGAGCUUUAUCUAGCCUCGUUAUGAGGUCAGAUUAAAACGGAACGCGUAUCCUUUAAAAGAGGCACCCAGUCUCUCGCAGACACUUAAACACAGGGAUACCAAAAGCAAAAGGCGGACGCAUCUGGAGGCAGACAYCAAUACGACGAAGUUUUUUCUUUUAUGUAAAUAAUUGUUGUUUUCGAGCCAUUUUAUUUUUCUAAAAUUGCGUAACCUACAAUAGAUGAUAUAUUUUUGGUAUAACAACUUCACUUCACUUUUCUUUCGUCAUUCUCUAAAAGAUUUUUAGUUACUUUUUUAGUAAACUUUUUUUCUUCUUCGUUACUUCAUGUAGUAAACACUAUAAAACCGGUUUGAAAUGGUUAUAAAUUUCGUAUUCAUUGAUAAAGGAUAUAAAUAUAGCGCGACAUUGAUAGCCCAUCUUAACCAGAUUUUUGUAAAUUUCUUUAUGGGGCAAACCAUUGUACUUGACUAUGGUUUUUGUUGAACUUAUGUCUUACUCCACUGUGUAGGCGCAAAGAAUAUAUGAAAGUAUGACAAACAAUGUACCACAGGGUACCCAACGAUUUAGUGUAAAAUAGCCAUAGGAAAGCUCAGUCUUAAAAUUCAAAAGCUUAAAAAAUAAUCUCUCAAAAGAACUGUAGAUAAAGUUAGUUUAAGGAAAUCAAAUUAUCUGUUGUACGAAUCAAACAAGACUAAAUAUAUUAAUACCUAAGUUUAAAAGUUUGUAAGGCUAAGUGACCUGGCAUUUUUGAUAGAUGUAGAGGCAUGGGUCUUGCUUUCUCUCUCUCUCUCUCUCUCUCUCUCU